GUCUCAUUUUUAUGUGUGUUUGCGUUGAGCAUAUUUAAUUUGUAAUUUAUAUAUUUAAUAACACUUUAUUGCGUGUCGUUAUAUGGUUUUAAUAAAUGUGUUGUCAUUUCAUUUUUAUUAACAUGAUUUUUAGUGAUCAGUGAUAACGUAUUUUUGACGUUAUGUAUUAUAUUUUUUAGUAUAUUUUUUAACUCUUCGUGGUGGCACUUUUUUUAGAAUCAUUUUAAUUAGAUAAUAAGUUUCAAGAUGUAAAUAAAACUGUGUAUGUUGUAAAUUUAGACUUUUUAGUGUAGCUGAGCACUAUCAAUUACGGAAAUUAUAUUAUGAUUUUAUUUUACUAAAUCUUUCUUUCUGUGUAUUUUUUUUUGUUUUUUUUUGUAUUUUUACAAUUUUAUUAUAUUAUUCUUUAAAUGCAGAGAAUUGAUAUUUCCAAUUUUUGUUUCAUAUACUUUAAAAGUCUUCGGUUGAUUUUUGUUUGUUUUCUUUCUCCAAUUAUAAUGUACAGUUCGACCGUUUCUUUUUUUUUUUGGGAUCAAACUACUAAUAUCUAUCAGAUAAAAAAUCUUAAACUCUAAGAAUGGAGUGAGUAUUUGUGCUAGAGAAAACUGAUUUAACCAAUAAUAUAGUGAGAUAUUAUGAUAUUAUAAGGUAUAGAAACUCUUCUAUGUUGUCAUACGCUGGACAUAAUUAAGUUGUUGUCAAUUGAUUCUAUAUUUGUGAUAACUGGAAAUACAUCUUUAUGUCUUUCUUAUAUCAUCCUUAAUUGGUUUACGGUUUGACUAUUUCUAAUACAUUGAGAGUAACAUAAAAUUGGAUGUUGAUUAUUUCCUCCCAAUUCGGAAUGCACAGAAUGAGAGAAAUUCAAGAUGAGACCAUUUUACAAUUUUGUCCUCGUAUCUAUAUAGAGUUAGUUUAUAGAUUAAACUAUCUGUUUCAAAAUGUAAUCAAUUUUAGUUAAAAUAUGUAAUAUUUAAAAGUUAUUACUUUAGAAAACUGUCAUUUAAUAUAUACAUUUAAUCAAUUACACAGUAAUUUACAUAAUUUAAUUGGCUACACAAUAUCUAAUAAAUGUAAACUUACAUUGAAAUAUAAAAACAAUUUAUAUAGUGAAACAAAAAAUACUUUUAAACCAUUAUAUUAUAAAACAAAGAGAAUAUUCAAAUUAUAUUGAAACAUUAGAAUAGUAAAAAUCAAAAAGCUGAAAUCUCAACGUCGAUCAUUUACGUUGGCCAUGUUAUUAACUUUGAAGAUAACGUGAAUGAUCAAGAACAAAAAGAUUAAUUUUAGCUUCAGUUUUUUUUUUAAUCAUUUUAUCAAAAAGAAAAAAAGAACAGGAAGAUGACUAAUAAAAGAAGAUACAAACAGAGUACUGUAAAAAGGUGUUGAUCACAAUAGCAAACAUUAUAGUCUUAAAAAUAGUUAAUUUUAUAUUAAAUAUUAGUAAAAAAUAAUAAAAUAUAUAAUAUUAAUAAAUUUCAUUUUAAAUAUAAUUUAACUUUUAAAAAUUUUAUCAUUGCACAUGGUGCAGAAAAAUACCUAGUAUUAUUUGAAUUUCAAAAAUUAUCUCAUGCACUAACUUUUUGUGACAAAACAAAUUUAAGGAACUGGGCAAGAGAUUGAAAGGAGGGAUGUGGAGAGGUACAAAGAGUCUUCACUUCAUAAGUUAUAAUGGAGCAUUGAAGUGCCAUUGUUGUAGUCGUAGGAGUUACACCGGUGAAGUUGGGUAGACGAACAGAUUUGGAGUCGCUGGAGACGUCUGAGGUAAGUAGGCUAAAGAAAAGGAAGCUAUAAGUUAUACAAUGAGCUGACUAUUUUGAUGGGUUUGGAUGGUUCGAGACCCACCAUCUAAACAUUCGCGAUGACGUGGCAGUUUGAUUGGUGGAGAAUAUUUUGUCCUAUAUGACACUCUUAAGAAGCUUCAAAAUUAGUAGCUUUUAUAUAGUAGGAUGUUAAACUGAUAGUAACUCAAGUAACUAAUUUUAGAAACCCUUGAAAGAGAGACAUUCAAAGUUUUAGGUAACGUCUAAAAUCUCUUGGAACCAUUGAUUUUAGAAUUCCUACAAGCUCACAAACCGAGCCACAUGUUAUUUGGUGUAACCAGGAUCAGCAGGGGGAUGCUAAGAAAAAGCAAGAAACCGUUUCAAAGUCAUUUCCUGUGGAUAACUUUGUCGUGAUUUGUAUAUUGUUCUAAACUUACCCAUAAAAGGAAACAAAAUGAACAAAAUCGUCAUAAACUUUUAGCUUUUUAGUAUGGUUUCUGAGUUGUUGCUUUGUUGGAUUUCAUAAAGUAAAAACAUGUUAAACGUUCUGUUGUGAUACAUGUGUAAGGAUUUUUAUGUUACUGUUUCUUCGUGGAGUAGGUUUCGAAUCGAGAAUACUUGGUUCCGACAAAAGUUUUGAUUGCCAUGUGUUUCAACAACUGGAUUUUCCAAUGUGGAUUUUAGAGAAAGAGUUCCGGAAUAAUGUCGAAGGAGUUUUAUUCGAUUCGUUUCCUGUUUAAUUUGCCAUUAAAGGAUAAUUACUGGAACUUAUCGGAUUCUUUAAAUAUAAUUUUCUUCAUGUUCUAUAUUUCCUGGUUAAUAUAUAAUACUGUAAAAUUUUCAAAAACUUUCCUUUUUGUAUUUAUAAAUUUCCAUGUUUUCACAUGAAACACAUUAAAUUCUUUUUUUUUUACCAUAGAUGUAUUAUUCUAUUUUUUUUUUGACAAAAUAUUAUUCUAUUUUCUACUUUUUAUUAUUACUAAUUCUAAUAAUUUGAUAAACUAAAUUAUCCACACAAAGCAGACCCGAUCAUCAUUCUCAAGCUCACCAUUAUUUUAGUUUUUAUCUAUAAACGAAUGUAAGAAAAUUAAUGUGAACUAAUUAAUUAAGCAAAGUGUUUAAGUGUCUUCCUUCUUACUUCCCUCUCUCAUUCACCAAAAACCUUAUAAAUAUCCAUCUAAUUUUUCAAAACAAAAAUAAUAAUAAAAAAACUUUCAAAUAUAUUUCGCUCCUCCACAACAACGACAAAGCCCUGUUCGUUAGGGUUUCGUUCCUAACCAUGGCCGAGAACGUCUCAGAGGAUGUGAUCCUUUUACACGGCGACCUCGAUUUGAAAAUUGUUCAAGCGAGGAGGCUACCUAACAGGGAUACCUUCUCCGAACGUAUGCGCCGUUGCUUCAAGCCUUGCAACUCCUGUAUUAAACCUACUACAGACGACUAUGACGGCGAAGCGAGUUCCGACGACGAGAACAUCCCUGGCCUCCCGAGGAAUACCAGCGAUCCCUACGUCACGGUGUCCGUCCCGCAUGCGACUCUCGCUCGGACGCACGUUUUGAAAAACGCUUCGGAUCCUGUUUGGAACCGGCAUUUUAAAGUUUCCGUGGCGCAUCCCCUGUCUUAUCUCAAGUUCAAAGUCAAGGACUACGAUGUCUCCGGUGCACAAACAAUUGGCACUGUCCGUAUCCCGGUUCAGCAAAUCGCGUCGGGAGAACGCAUUUGGGGAUGGUUUCCUGUCCUUGGCGGCUCAGGAAAGCCGCCAAAGAAGGAAACUGCUCUCCGUAUUGAUUUGAAAUUUACUUCGUUUGAUAAAAUCCAAACUAAUAAAACGCUUGGUGGUGUUAUGGGGACUUACUUCCCUUUGAGGAAAGGAAGUCAGGUGAGGCUUUACCAAGACGCUCAUGUGAUGGACGGAAUGUUACCGGAGAUUCGGUUGGACAACGGGGAUGUUUAUCAACACGGGAAAUGCUGGGAAGAUAUAUGUCACGCUAUUUGUGAGGCUCACCAUAUGAUUUACAUUGUUGGCUGGUCUGUCUUCCACAAGGUGAAGCUGGUUAGGGAACCUACAAGGGAAUUGCCAAGAGGUGGUGAUUUGACGCUUGGAGAGUUGCUGAAAUACAAAUCGGAAGAAGGUGUUCGAGUUUUGCUACUUGUAUGGGACGAUAAGAGUUCUCGUGAUAAGUUUGGGAUAAGCACGCCAGGAGUUAUGGGGACACAUGAUGAAGAGACUAGAAAGUUUUUCAAGCAUUCUUCUGUGAAAUGUAUAUUGUCACCUCGUUAUGCCAGCAAUAAGCUUGGGUUGUUCAAACAACAGGUGGUUGGCACUCUCUUCACGCACCAUCAGAAGUGUGUUCUUGUAGACACUCAAGCUGUUGGUAGUAAUCGCAAAGUCACAGCUUUUAUUGGAGGGAUCGAUCUUUGUGACGGGCGCUAUGACACACCUGAGCACCGGAUAUUUCACGAUCUUGACACUGUAUUUAAAGAUGAUUUUCACAAUCCUACAUUUCCAAGUGGUGCCAUAGCUCCAAGACAACCUUGGCACGAUAUGCAUUGUAGGCUAGAUGGGCCUGCGGCAUAUGAUGUUCUCAUAAACUUUGAGCAACGGUGGAGAAAAGCGACACGAUGGAAAGAGUUUAACUUAAAGGGGAAAACUCUCUGGCUAGAUGACUCUUUGUUACGGAUAGGACGUAUAUCAUGGAUACUAAAUCCAAAGUUUAAAUAUCGGAUAGAUGGUGUUUUAGAUGUUCCAGAGGACGAUCCAGUGGUUUAUGUUUCUAAUGAAGAUGAUCCUGAGAACUGGCAUGUUCAGGUGUUCCGUUCUAUCGACUCAGGAUCCGUGAAAGGAUUUCCAAAAUGUGAAAAUGAGGCCGAGGCCCUGCAUCUACAAUAUGACAAGCGUCUUGUAGUUGAUAAAAGUAUCCAGACUGCGUACAUCCAGAUAAUCAGAUCUGCUCAGCAUUUCAUAUUUAUCGAGAAUCAGUAUUUUCUUGGUUCUUCUUAUGCUUGGCCUGAUUAUAACGAUGCAGGAGCUGACAAUCUAAUUCCUAUGGAGUUGGCACUGAAGAUUACUAGUAAAAUUAGAGCUAAAGAAAGAUUUGCUGUCUAUGUCGUCAUACCAAUGUGGCCUGAAGGCGACCCAAAGUCGGGACCUAUGCAAGAAAUUUUAUAUUGGCAGAGCCAAACUAUGCAGAUGAUGUAUGAUGUUAUAGCACGAGAACUGAAGUCACACCAGUCAAAUGCGCAUCCUCUAGAUUACCUUAACUUUUACUGCCUUGGCAAACGAGAACAACUUCCAGAUGACAUGCCAGCAACCAAUGUUACAGAUUCUUAUAAGUUCCAGCGUUUCAUGAUCUAUGUGCAUGCAAAGGGAAUGAUAGUAGAUGAUGAAUAUGUACUUAUGGGAUCUGCUAAUAUCAACCAAAGAUCUAUGGCCGGCACGAAAGAUACUGAGAUAGCCAUGGGUGCAUAUCAACCCCAUCAUACAUGGGCUAACAAGGGAAAACACCCACGUGGCCAGGUGUAUGGGUAUAGGAUGUCACUAUGGGCAGAGCAUUUAGGCAAAACUGGAGAUGACUUUGUGGAGCCUGGUGAUCUAAAAUGUGUCAAGAACGUUAACGAAAUCGCUGAAAGGAACUGGAGAAAGUUCAUAGAUUCGGAGUUUUCAGAGCUUCAAGGUCACUUGAUUAAGUAUCCUCUGCACGUAGACAUUGAUGGUAAUGUGACCUCUCUUCCAGGUUACGACAGUUUCCCAGAUGUUGGUGGUAAGAUCAUUGGAGAUCAUUCCAAGGCUAUCCCUGAUACUCUAACUACGUAAUGUUUACUGUAUUAUCUAAUGAUAUGAAAGUGUUGUACAUUGUAACCGUGUUGUUUAAUUUAUUGUAUUUGUGAUUUGCUGUCAAACUGUUUUUCUUUGGGGUUUCAAAAACGAAAAUAAUACUCUUUCCUUUUUUUUUCU